UGGAAAAUAUUAUGCACGCUAGCGCACAGUGGUCAGAAAAAGGCUCAGGGAGAGCAAUAUUUCAUAAGCAUAUAUACAUUGUAGAGAGAUGAUUUUUCUACCUUCUGUACCCUGAGCGUUAAACAAAGUAGGACUAAAAUCGGGACCGAAAAAACGUUUCGAAAAUAGCGAUAAUUUCGGAUAAACGGUGUUCGGAAUAGCUGUGUUUAAAUGAAGAGAGCUGAUUUUUCUUACUUUUGUACCCUGAGCGUUUUUUCUAUCUCCUGUACCCUGAGCGUUAAACAAAGAAAUUGAGGUCAUCCGAAUGGACGAGGAAAAGGCGCACGCGCACGAGAAUGGUUCCGUGGCAACCAAGCCUCUCACAGGCCCGGUCAAAAUUGAGGACGAAUCGGAAGACUCGGACUGUCCGCUUGUCUACAAGAUCAGCGAUCGACCGCCCGUACACCUUAUUAUAUUCUUCGGUUUCCAGGACUGAUACUGGACAAGGGCGGGACAUUUGAACACGCCUUCAUGGUGGCAGCAUUCGUGAUUUUGUUGGGCGCGGCCCUGGGGAUGACCACGGUGGUGUUCCAGCCGACCAAGGACUGUCCAGAUGUACCGGAUGUGGAUCUCAUCGUCCCGAACAACCGGGAAGUAAACGAAACCACCUCGUCGAUGGUCGCCAGCGCUCAUAGUCAUAUCAAGCGAGGAGAUGACAUUGGAAACGAAAAACAGGAAACGGAAAGGCAGGAAUUUACUGCGGAGCAGAAGUCGCUCGUGUGUUCCGGCGCCGCAUGUUCCACACCCGACUCUGCGAGGGACAGCGUUUUUAUAAGUUCCGAAGAAGUAGACUUUUCUGUGGAGGUUCAAAAACUCCUGAAGGGUGAAGAUAUCAAGUUUAUUGAUGAAAAUGACUGAUAUUACGAAACGUUAAGUUACGUAUAUAAGUUAAGUCGAAGCUCGCUUUGCCGAAAUCGUUGAUACCUUGGGAAAUACUUCGAGGUGAUGAACAUUCGAUAAAACUGAAAUACAAAACAUGUCUUACUAAACCAAAUGCAAUCGAAAUGUUCGACAUAACCAGACCAUCGAGAUAACAGAGUUCGACAUAACGAGUUUCGACUGUAAUUAUUCUAUUAAAUUAAAUUCUAAACUAAGAUGCUCAAUGUACGUUUUGGAUACUGUAUGCACACAUGUACAUGUAUAUAUACACUGUUUUGUUCACCCGGGAACAUUUAAAUUAUCAUGAUUAUACUAUGUAUAAAGAAUGUAUUCCUAAAUGAUAUUAUGAACUUUCGAUUAUUGUCCGAUAGGAAGUCCGAUUUUCAAACACUAGUAAAAGCAUACAUCAUUUUUAAUAACUUUGGAUGCUUUGUGGUAAAAUGAGUUGAGACUGAGAUUGAGAUUUUCGAAAUAAUUGAGAUCUGGCUCCAAUAUCACAUAAAUACUUCAUAUUUAGACUCUCACAUAAAUGUAAUAACACACAUGCGUUUGGUAUUUAUAAGUACGACUGGUGUUUUUGCAACAUCCUUUCAUUUGAAUUCAAGUUUUGGCAUUGUACUUAUUUUAAGAAUUCAUAGCAAUUUUCAUCAGCUGAUAUUUAACUAAUAUAAAAUCAGUAAAAAGUAUAUUAGUGUUUUUUAAUAUUAUAUAUAACUUCAAACUUAUUUUUAUUUUUCUAUUUAUAAAAAAAGAUACAGUCAAUACUUGCUAUUUCGAAGUCGUUCGGGCCUCGACAAUAACUUCGAGACAACGAACAUUUGAUAUAACCGAAUAACAAAACACGUCUAACCAAACCAAACACAUUCAAAAUAAGUUCGACAUAGCCAGAACAUCGAGAUAACAGAGUUCGACAUAGCGAGUUUCGACUGUAUUAUGAGAUGUAUCCUAUAUUCAAACAUUGAAAUUACGUUCCAGCAUUUCUACUUGUUCAUGCGAAUGCCCGAGUUCUACGUUUCAUGUUACGUUUUGUACUUUUAUAAACCAUCUUGCACGUGCAAAUGGUGUGUUUUCCGUGCGUGCAAUUUGUUAUCAUGUAAAUUUACAAACUGAAUGUAUGUUGCAAAUAUAAAAUAAAUUAAAGAAUUAUAUAAAG